AAAGUCAACGCUGACACGAACGUCAUUCAUCAGAAAAUCAUUCAAAAUUCCCAUUUUUUUUUGUAAAAAUUACAGUAACAAAAACAACUUGCUAAAAUGUCCGAUGAGGAUACAGCUGAGACCUCCGAAUCGGAUGCGCCGGUAAAGAAAGAAUGUCCACCAGAAGAGGAAGAGGAGGCUCCGUGCCAUAAAUACACCCCGUUACCGGUUGUGCUGAUAGAAUCCGGCAAGAAAAUACCACAACAACCCAGGAUGCCGGAUUGUGAAAACCUAAUCUACAGAGCCAGCCAGUUGGGAAUAGAAAAACCGCCACCGCCACCGCCAGAAACAAGCAGGGACUUCAGGAUAUACAAAGCGAUGAAUACGAAAGAAUGGGGCAAUGUAUGCGAAUGUCACGGUGCCAAAGACCAAGCUAUAUUGGAACUACUCAGCAUCAGCAUCACAACGAUUAUGCUUAUGGCCAUUAAGCAUGAUGAUAUCAAGGAAUCACAGCUUCGUUGGACGGCCAAUUGCUUGGAAAACGUUAGGAACGAUAACGGCGAGGUCCCACCGAAUAUUAGGUGUAUAUUGAAUAUGAUCAAUGCGAAACUACCACCAGAGGAAGACGAAUAAAGAAAAACAUCGAUUCCAACGAUUGUUAUGUUGUAAGAAGUCAAUCUAACAUAUAUUUUUAAGGUGGUAAAAUUAACAAGCAUUUAUUUAUUGACAACUUUAAUAAACUUUAAAUUAGGAUAUAUAUAAAUAGUUUUCCCAAUGAACUGUAAGAAAUCAGAUAUGACUGCAAAAACUCCACAAGGAACUAUCAAUUAUUAAGUAAUCAUGUCUGAUAGUCGAGUGUCUUUCGUGGACAAAAUUGUUAUCUCCCAUUGUUUUUAAUAAUAAAAACUUAAAAUAUGAA